UUCAAAUUUAGUCAAAAUUGAGACAUUUUUUGUUGGAUGGAGAGAGCAACAAAUUUUCCUUUUUAUUAGGAUAUUUUUCUCUUCUAAGUUAGGGAGACACAUAUUCUACUUGCAAGCCAACUCCAAACAACAAAAGUUAGGAGAACACACAAAAAGAACUUCUAUUUCAAUACUAACUAAAUAUUGCUUUGCACUUGAUGAUUAAGGAUAAGAAAAUUGCUACUCCCUUCAUUUCAUAAUUCUCGUUUCAAAUUAUCCUAAAAUUAAAUGUAUUUAUUCCUAAAAUGCGUCUAGAUACAUGUAAUAUUUUCACAAGAAUAAUGAAACGGAGGAAUACUUGUCAUUCAAUUUUUUUUUGGAACAUGGCCAAGAUUUUAUUUUGAUUGCAUUAUGAUUCAUGAGUCCUCCCUCUUUAGCAUCAUCUAUAGUCGUCACAAAAUGUAGAAAAUAGAAACACAGAAUUACAAGCGUAAUUUUCCAGAAUUUUUAGGGACGAAUAGAAAAAUAUAGCCAAUACGAUGGUAGGUCAAAUGCGUCUUUUCCUACUCAAAUCCGGGGGCACCCUGCCGCCGCCGCCCCAACUCGCCUUCCACUCCUCUCCGGGCUCUUCUCCUCUCCGCUGCGUCACCAGAGAGAGUGCCCUAUAUCGAUCGCUUCUGCACUUCUGCGUCUUGCCGCCGGUAAGCAGCCAUGGAGCACGGCUCGGUGGCGGAUUCAACCGCGUCAUCGUUCUCCAUCAUGGAGGAGGACCACACCCUCGCCAACUCCGUCAGAUUCGUCCUCAACCAGGACCCAAGGGUGGCAUUCUGUGGGUAUAGCAUCCCUCAUCCUGCCGAUAACAAAGUCAACAUAAGAGUUCAGACUACAGGAGAUCCAGCAAAGGAUGUUAUGGUAGAUGCUUUGCAGGACUUGAUGGUUAUGUGCCAGCAUGCAAGGGGGACAUUCGACACCGCAGUGGCUGAUUUUCGAGCAAACAAACCCAUGGAAAGGAUGGACAUCGAUCUCAAUAAAAGUUAGAAGCUUUUGGGCGAACCUUAACUGAAUGUACAAAAUAGGCCUGAAUAGUUUAUAUGCAACCAAGCUAUAAGGCAGUCUAGUGGUAUGGCACAAUUGUUAGAUCCAUUGUAAGAAAUGUUAUUAAACACCAGCAUACUUGCUGCUUUGUUCUCUCGAUCAAUUGAAAUAAUGCAGUUGAUGCUGUCUGGGGAAAUGUUUUCCUAAACUAACGCAAGCCUGGUGUUCUGAUUUGAGAAGAGUAGAACUGCUGUCCUGAAUUCAGCUACAUUUACACUUCUGAAAGAAACAAGAAAAACAGUUCACCUUUUGACCUAAACUUCCGCAAAAGUCCAUCUUUCAACCUUCAACUCUAAAACCGUUUGACCUGCAACCUCAACCUAUAUGAGUAAUCCAUUUUCCACACUACGCGCUUGCACAGGUGGUUUUGGGUGACAUGGAUGCCACGUGUCCCCGAUGUAUGUCACUUCCAUGAACCAAUACACCGCAAGUCUAGAAUCUGUAUUAACAACUUUCAAACAAAUUAUUAUAAAUUGAAGAGAUUUGGUCCAAACGGAUGAAACAUGAGAUUUGAUGGCUUAUGGCAGCAACAUGUCAUUGCGGUUGCUUGAACGUCAAUAAUUCAAGGCUGCAUUUCAAACUGUUUUGGAGUGCAAUGUUGAAAAGUUAACUUCUGGCACAGUUCAGGGUUUUAAGGUAGACUUGCAAACAAACAAAGAGAUGCAUUCCCCGAUAAAAAAAAAGAUGCAUUCAACUAGUGCAAUAUCAAAUUCUUCAUCAGCAACAGAUAUAUAAUACUGUUAAAACAAGAUGCUUAAACAAUUACACAGCUCAAAGAUAUCAGAAAAUCAAGUGUUCUAA